CUUAAAUACACACACAUGUUGACACUCUCACUCAGCUGCAGACUCCUCCACUCUAGGUGAAGCACGGUCUAAUCUCAGAAAAAAUGCCUUGGACACAAAACCUGCUUCUUUUAGCUUGCAGAUUAAUUGCACUUCUGAGUUUUUUAGCAGCUCAAGGUUCAAGUCGUCAGCAGAGGGCGACAGCAAUCAGCCCACAACCCACACCAAGGAGCACAGAUGGUGUGUUGCGGAGCUGCAGUUAUGGGGGGUUGUUCCACGUGGAGAAGAAUGGGCGCUACAGCCUCACGUACUCCACCGCUGAAGAACUCUGCAUGUCCAUUGGCACUACUCUGGCCACCAAAGAGCAAGUCCAGAGGGCCUUUGACCUCGGCUUUCAGACCUGCAGAUACGGUUGGAUUCAGAACCACACUGUAGUGAUCCUGCGACAGAAGCCUUACAUGUUAUGUGCCACUAACAAAACUGGCAUCAUCAUCAGCGACAUAAUCUCACAGCUCAAUGAUGCCUACUGCUUCAACGCAUCCGAUACAAAGGACAUGCACUGUGAGUUUGCUAUCAUACCAUCAAACCAUGCCCAUGAGGAUAAUGAAAGCACCACAGAGUUCACCCCAGCAUCCCCUUUCCCUGAGAGGGAGCCUACAGAGUUGCCGACCACCGCAGAGACCACACAAAAGACAACUGCAGCGAUAGUUCCAGCAGUACACAUGGUUGAGGACGAGGACCCUCAUACUGGUCAACAUGAUGAUUCCACAACUGAAUCUCCAAAUUCUGAACAAGACUCUAAAACUGGCACUGUGUCCACAACCACCUCUACAGCGAUAGUUUCACCAGUUCACAUGGUUGAGGACAAGGACCCUCAUACUGGUGAACAUGAGAAUUCCACAACUGAAUCUCCAAAUUCUGAACAAGACUCUGAAACUCACAAUGUUUCCACAACCACCUCUGCAGCGAUAGUUUCACCAGUUCACAUGGUUGAGGACAAGGACCCUCAUACUGGUCAACAUGAGCAUUCCACAACUGAAUCUCCAAAUUCUGAACAAGACUCUGAAACUCACAAUGUUUCCACAACCACCUCUGCAGCGAUAGUUCCACCAGUUCACAUGGUUGAGGACAAGGACCCUCAUACUGGUCAACAUGAGAAUUCCACAACUGAAUCUCCAAAUUCUGAACAAGACUCUGAAACUCACAAUGUUUCCACAACCACCUCUGCAGCGAUAGUUCCACCAGUUCACAUGGUUGAGGACAAGGACCCUCAUACUGGUCAACAUGAGAAUUCCACAACUGAAUCUCCAAAUUCUGAACAAGACUCUGAAACUCACACUGCUUCCACAACCACCUCUGCAGCGAUAGUUCAACCAGUACCCCUGGACAAGGUCUCUCAUACUGGUCAACAUGAUGAUUCCACAACUGAAUCUGCAGUUAUUGAACAAGACUCUAAAACUAGCACUGUUUCCACAACCGCCUCUGCAGCGAUAGUUUCACCAGUUCACAUGGUUGAGGACAAGGACCCUCAUACUGGUCAACAUGAGAAUUCCACAACUGAAUCUCCAAAUUCUGAACAAGACUCUAAAACUAGCACUGUUUCCACAACCGCCUCUGCAGCGAUAGUUCCACCAGUACACGUAGGUAAGGACAAGGCCACUCCUAUAGAGCCCACUGCUGGAGACACAACUGCAAAUGAUGCUCAGGAGCGUGAUGACGCAGGGCUGCGAGUCACUACCCAGUCACAUCACAGCUCAAUCUUCCACAUCUCAGCAGGAGAAGAUACAUCACAUCGUGGAAAGAACGAUUACUAUCAGCUGGUUAUAGUAGCUGUAGUGGCUGCUAGUUUAACAAUGCUCCUUGUGUGUGCAGUUAUCUCAUCCAGAAAGAGGUUGUGUGGGAAGAAGAAAAGUCUCGUGAUCAAUGGGAAUGCUUUUGAGAAGAAGGAGAAGGAGCAAGAGAUGGUGCAGCUGAUUAAUAAGGAGAAGAUCCAGGAGAAUGGUGCAGCCAGCAAGGAGUUCACUGCCAUCACCCUGGAGGAGCCAACCGAGAAAACGCAGCUAGCAUAGGGGCGACUCCACCACAUCACACAGCAGCACAGAGGGAGGGAGCACCUCUGGGGCAAGGGUGUGGUGCAGCACAAUCUGGAGUUAACAGCAAUUCAUUGAAGACAGGACCAGCUAACUAAUGAUUUUUAAGGCAUUGCUUUCAAAGUGAGUUCUUCAGGUUCAUCCCUUAGUAUGGCUUACCAAUUGGCAAUUUGGUGAUGUAAUAUAAAUGUACCAUUCUAAGAUGGGUCACCUGCAUUAUGAAAAGGGUUAUUCUUACCUCCACUUCUCAGACAGUGUAGCAAAACUUCAAGAGUACUGCACUUUUGUGGAGAAGUCCGAUCUCUGAGGACACAAUCCCGUACACUGUUUUUGCAGAAUACCAUAGCAGGUGAAAAGAACACCUCUGUCCAGGACAACAUCUCUUCACUGGCCCCUUAAUUCUCAAAUUUAAAUUCCUGUAUAAAUGGGGGGUUGAGAUCCUUGUUAAUGAAUUCCUGCAUCUCAGCUCAAUAUUCUCAUCUUUAUUAAUAACUGUAAUAUAAACAAUUCUGUGCCAUUUUAUAUCACAGCAAAAUAUUCAAUAUGAGAGGAUAAACAUAUCAGACAAGAGAAGAGCUGUUUUCCUGC